GAGCUGUGACUUUGUCUCUUGUGUCAGUCUGUGUGUUAAGUGUAGCUGUUAUCUACAUAUCAUUAAAUACACAUACGGUACCAGUCAAAAGUUUGGACACAUUUUCCCCUUGGGUUCCCAAACUUUUGACUGUUACUACAUGUACAUACAAACACAGAAACAUUUAAAUACAUUAAGUUUUUACUACAUACAGUAGAUUUUGUGUAUUGUUAUCGUUAUGUGACUGCUCACUGUGGAUGGAGAAGGUACUCUCUGUCCACACUGGCUCCAUUUAAAAGCCUAUUGAACUAAAGAAUAAGAAUAAUGCUCAUAAUAAAUCCAACAAGUCAUUUAAACAUACAGUCUGUUCUUGGUGGUGAGUAUUGGGCCUGCAGUAACACAACGUGGACACCAGAAUCAAUUAGACAUCCAGAGAGCUCACACGGAGGGCUCAUAAGAAUGUGAUGUAGGGCAGAUGUGUGUGUGCCCACCCUCGUUAAUGGCCCUCGUUAACAGCCAUCAUUAUGAGCACACUUCGAUCUAAUGAGCCAUAAUAGCGCUUCCUGAUGGUCAACCUGAUAGGUGGCCCCUUUGGACUCCAGUCAUUUUAUUGGCGGUCCGACGGCGGCGUGGAGACACCGAUAGGCUAUCAAGGGGGAGGUGGGAGGGGCAGGCUGGCUGUUGUCCAAUAGAAGUUAUAGGACCCAGAGGACCACAAUUUGACUGGCAACAUGCACCGACACCACACGAUGAAAGAGUGAUGACGUACAGCCAGCCUUUGAUGUUUCAGUCCAUGAACCUCAUUUCGCUGUCCCCUCAGUCCGAUUCAAAGGAAAGGUACAAGCAGCCUUUGGUACUGGUACUGGUACUUUGAACUGGUCAAGAGAAGAGAGACAUGAUUGUUAUUAGUAAAACAGCUUGAGAGGUCUGCUGUAAGAAAGGCCUAAUGAUGAAAGAUAACAUUUAGCCUCAUCAUGCACAAUCAACCCACCACUCACUUUUAUCAAAAAGUCUGCUUAGAUGGGACUUUGACUUGACUAGAAGAAUCAGAUAAUUAAAUCUUAAAUAUAUACGGUCUCUUUUUUAAUCACCGGGGUACGAGCUGUUAAGUUAGGCAAAGACAUGUUUUGUUUGCAGUAGAAUGGGUGUCAUUGAGGUUGUUGAUGUCAGCAUCCUAUGAGAUGCUUUGAGGAAAUGUGAAUGGUGGCAGUGUUUGGCAGCAGUUUGUUGCGUUUGCUUGAGAAGUAUGUGACCUUUUUUUGAACGAUGGAAUGAUAAAAAAUAUCUUUCCCCAUAUCUUCUUCCCUCGGGGGGGGCUUUCAUCCGGUGGCCUAAGGGAAGAGAGAGGAAACAGGCCUGAGUUAGAGAGGGAGGGGAAGAGGUAAAAUCCUAAAAAAAAAAAGAAGUACAAAGGACAGGUAGGGGCCGUUGCGAGAAAAGUAAAAGAAAGAAAUGGAAACGAGACGGGAACGGACACCGCCGAGUCUUCCGAUUCUCUUCAUAAAUGACCACCAGUAACUCGUUUACGGUUAAUCGAGGGUGAGAGAGCGAAACUCUCUCUCUCUCUCUCUCUCUCUCCCCCUCCUUCUCUCAUUUCCUCCCAUCUCCUUUGCUCUGGUGCUCCUAUAUAACCUCUGCCAAGGACCCUCUCCCUUCCCAUUCACUCAUAUGUGGUGGUUUGGAAACAAGUGUCUGCUCUUCAGAGUGAUAUAGAUCAUCAAAUAAUUGAGGCAGACAAACUUCCAAAGGAUACAGGAUUGGCAAUCAGGAGCCAGGUGAUCAUGACGAAGCAAUCCGCUGUCAUCUCAAAGAUGACCUUGAUGCUGCUGCUACUGCAAAGCACAGAUGCAAGUAUGACCAUUGUUACCAGUAAGCAAGAUAUUGCGGUGGGCGAUGAGAUCCUACUGUUGUGUAAAGCUGGGGGAGAGGGAGAUAUAACGUGGCAGAAGGACAUGGAAGACAUCGACGAUCAAAACAUGGUGUCAAAGGUGGAUGAGACUUCUUCCAAAUUGAUCAUUGAGAAGGCCAAGCUGCAGGACGCGGGCAAAUAUACCUGCGCGUGCUCGUUCGACAACGGACACGAGGAUAAAACCACGAUGCAGCUGUUUGUUAAUGAGGGUCCAUCCUUUGGCAGCACCAAGACCUACCAUGAGUUCCUGGUGGGCACGGAGGGGGUGAUGCCGUGCCUGGUGACCGGCAAGCCGGCCGUGGAUGUUCACUGGCUGAGAAACGACAGAGAAAUCUCCUCUGAUGCAAGGCAGCGUGUGCGUCGACUGCCCGACAACACAGUCCUCUUUCAAACUGUGAAGAGAGAGGAUGCUGGGACGUACGUGUGUCAGGCUCAUAUCAGAGGGAGGCCCAUCAAUCAGAUGCUCCAGGUCUCUGUUGUCGUCAAUGCUCCUCCUUCUUUUAGUCGGGGAGAUCGUGUGCAAAAGGUGAUGGCCGGACCAGAUACCAACGUUUCCAUGGUGUGUUUGGUGGACGGUCAUCCAAAACCCAACAUCACCUGGCUCAUGCCGGUGGCGUUUGACCCUUUGCAUCAUGAGUUUAACUCAGACCGCAGUGAGUUGACUGUGACGCCUGUCACCAGGGCGGACAACGGCACGUACGUCUGCAUCGCUACCAACAAGAUAGCUGAAAUCAGCGCCACCAUCACGCUUCAAGUUCAUGAGGCCCCAGAGGUGUUUGUGUCAGCAGAGCAGCAGAGUGUAGCAGCGGGCCACAGAGCAUCUGUGUCCUGUAACGUCUCUGGGCUUCCUCAGCCGGAGCUGCACUGGCUCAACAAGCACAAUGGACGCACGCUGGACUCUACCUCAGGUCCUGUCCAUGUUGUUGAUGGUGCAUUGGUGAUUGAUGAGGUAGUGCCCUCUGAUGGUGGAAUGUAUUCCUGCAUGGCUGUCAGCGCCUCUGGAAAUGCAUCAAGAGACGUUGCAAUACACACCCAGCCUGGUUCACCAGAAUACCUGUCAGUGUCUCCUGGCCCAUCCUCCAUCUUCUUCUCCCUCAAAAAGCCACCCAUCAGUGGAGGAACACCAAUCACAAGCUUUGUCCUGCAGUGGAGGCAAAGUGCCACAGAGCAGUGGAAGGAGAUCACAGUGCCAGCUUCAGAUCCUCUAGCCAUCACCUCCCUGAAGCCGUACACGUUGUACACAGUGCGUUUGGCGGCCUUGAAUGCAGUGGGAGUGGGAAAGUUUUCCGACGAACAAAACGCCCGCACCCAGGCAUUAAGAGGUGAACCAGACAGCCCAGUUUUGUUGUCCAAUGAGAUGAAAGUAGAAGGAAACUCCUUCACAAUCCCUCUUAAACAGACUGAUGAUGGUGAAACUCCCAUCCUGCACUUUGACGUACGAUACCGACAGGAUAAAGAGGGAACUGAUUGGAAAGAGAUGCAGCUGCUGCCCAAUGCUGACUCUGUCUCCCUUCAAGAGCUGUCCUACGGCUCAGACUAUAAACUGGAAGUUUCUUCCGUCAACCAUAACGGUUCCUCUUUCCCUGCGAUGUUCAACUUCACCAUUGCAGAUAAACCUGUAAGCAGAAUGACCAAAGGCAACGUGGUUGCCAUCGUCAUGGUGAUCUUCCUGGUGGUAUUCUUCGUGAUAGACGCCACCUGCUGCUACAGAAAUCGCUGCGGCCUGAUGAUGUCCAUCGCCGUGAAAAUCUUUGGACAGAAAGUCCCAGGCCUCCAAAUGCUUGAAGUAGGAGAAGGAACCAAUGGAGAAGUGAAGCUGAAGGGUAUUUCCACCCCGAGAGGCAGUGUGCAACAUUCGGAGGCGAAGGAGGAGACACUCGCUAAGGACGGGGGGCGACUCACUGAGAUCACAUGUGACAAAGCGCCUCUUACCAAGCACGAGAAAAAACAGGCCAAUGCAUGAGGCCAGAAACCGGAGAAACAAAAAAGAAUAGGUGUAAGAAGGCGAGGAUGGUGUGCAAACAACAAGAGAAGAUAUCAAACAAGCACUUGGUAUUAUUGACUCGAUUGAGUGAGAACUAGCGGUGAUCUAAUACAACUCCUAUGGGAGGGACGUCUGUGCUGUUGGAGUGAGAAGAUGGCGGGAUCGACAUCUCACACCGUCCAGUUCACAUGGAGACCGACAUGGGCUUCUGGCAGGAGAUGAGGUCAAAUUGUGGUUUUGUGCUCUAAUUUGGAUUGGUUCACACGACAAAGUCUUACAGGGUAACAGGGUAACAUUUUUACUAUUUGUCAUUGUAUAAUGAUAUUCUGUGUAAUGCAUUAUAAAUAUUUCUUUGUUAAUGAUUAUUUUCCAUAUUUAUAUUUUAAUUGUUCUUCACUAUGUAUCAACAUGCAUUGUGGCUGCUCUUCCAAUGAUUGUGAGUAAACAUAUUAUUUUACACACUGACAUUGUACUCAGAAUUAACUUAACCUACCUAUUUUACAUUAUUUUCAUGUACUAGUAUGUAUUGGAUUCAAAUCAUACACGAGAGAUUUUUUAUUAUUAUAUAUCACGAGAGGCUUUGAACUUGAAGCCAUAUUUGACUUUUAAAAGCAGCUUUUACUGCCUGCAUUAAUAUCUGACAUCUAAACGAUAUAUUAACCUAACAAAAUGUAUUUACUCUGUACAUUGCUGUAUUGUAUUGUCAUUACAUUUACAGUAAUCAAUACGUUUGAGUGCAAAUGUCUCAAGACAAAUAUUUAACAGAUUUUUUGAUUUGAGCUACUUAAUUAUAACAUAAUCAAGUAAAAUGAAUGUUUUGCAAAUUGCCUCUCAAUGUAAAUGAAGUGUUUUGAUAUUGAUGUAAUGUAAUAUUGCAUUGAGCACUGUCCACUGUACAUACACAUGUCGUUACAGCUGUAAGUUUGAUAAACACAUGGACUGUAAAAUGGCUUAAUGUAUCUUAUGCUCACAAAAAAUCUCAUUCACAAACAGGGUGGCGUGUGAUGCUCAAUAAGUGAAUGUUUGCACCUUCUGACAGUAAAGGUUUUUAAGGGAUGUCAAAAAUGAUGUUGUAUUAUGGAUGUAUUAUUUUAAUUGAGAUAUUUGUCAAAGCUGUCCAUGAAAUCUGUGGACCAGCAUAAUUUACUAUUAUUGCAUUUGGAUAAGUCAAAGAAUAUAUGCAUUGAAUUUUUCAUUUACAUAAUUCCUCUUUCUCGUCUCACUGGAUGUCACACAAAAACGUUUGCAUAUUUGGGUUUUUGAGGAUGCUGUUGUCAAAUGCUUUCCCACUACUCAACAGCUAUGCGUCACUCAUCAGGAGAAGGGUGAAACAGCUCUGAUGUUGGUCUUGCACACGCAUGAGUACAGGGAGGAAGUUGAGGAUUAGCAGAGAUGCCUGAGUCAGACCUUCAUUAAAGACCGAU